AAUUGGAUAUGGGUUGAAAAGGUUUUGCAAAUCAUCGUAUUCUGUUUUUAUUUAUGUUUUACACAACGUCCCGUAUUGUACUACGUAUUGUCUGCCCAAGCAUAAUGGAGGUUUUUAAUUAUUAACGGAGAAUUAAAUAAUGAAUGUGAGCGGACUCUGUAGAAUUCUGCUUUACAAAUAAUGUAAACAAUGUAAGAAUUACAACUAUUUUCAUAAAUUAAGGUGAUUCAAAAAGUAAUUAGACUAAAUUGGACCUAGUAGUUUGUAUUAUAAGUAUAAUUUGUUGCUGUUAACAAUCAAAUUGAAGCCCAAAGAGCUUCAGUGCAACUGAAACAGCCACCAUUAGACUGAAAACUUUAAACAAACCCACCAGAGGCAUUAGGUGCGGCAAAACCAACUGCAUUAAAAAAGAGAGAAUGCACUGGUGAGCUCAGAAACACCAAAAGGCCCGGAAGACCACCAAAAAAGAAAAACGUACACAAUACUUUAUAUCUUUUACAUCAUCUCUCUCAAUGACCAUCAGAACUGAACUGCUGAAAAGAAGUGUAUUACUGUGACUGUGGUGAGAGCAACAUAUUAAAGGAUGUGAGAAUGAGAGGUGUUUGUGGUAAGCACUUUUUGCCCACCCUGUCACGUAUAAAGUUCUUUUUCUGUCUAUAGAUAACUCACUCCUUCUUUGCUGAACCAUGGCUGUCGUCUCGCUUCUUCUGCUGACUGCCCUCCUGCCAUACCUGGGCAGAACUGCUCAUGUAGACGUAGGCAUAGUGAAUGGCACGGAGACUAAACCACACUCAAGACCCUACAUGGUUUCCGUUCAAAGAAAAGGAAAGCACAUCUGUGGCGGCUUCCUCGUGUCUGAACACUUUGUGAUGACGGCUGCGCACUGUUGGAACCAGGAGGAAAAGCUGACGGUUGUGAUAGGUGCUCAUGAGCUCAAGACGGUCUCCACUGCGGAUCGAAAGGAAGUGAAGUUCUAUCACAUCCAUCCGAUGUAUGACUCCAGUACUCUGUUCAAUGACAUCAUGCUGCUACAGCUAAACAGAACAGCUAAAAAGAGCAAAAAGGUCAACUGGAUUUCCAUAACAAACAAAGACAAGGACAUCAAGGCCAAAUCAGUCUGCAGUGUUGCAGGCUGGGGCAAACAAAAGUCCAAAGGAGCCCCCAGUGCACGUCUUAUGGAGGUUGAUGUGAGCAUCAUAGACCAAAAAGCAUGUCAUAAAUACUGGCACACAAACUACUCAGUGACGAGGAUGAUGUGUGCAGGAGGUCAUGGAGGAUUCUGUCAGGGCGACUCUGGAGGGCCUUUGGUGUGUAAGGGUACGGCAGUCGGUAUCGUUUCAUUCACAGACGAUGGAGACUGCAGCUAUCCUAAGUUGCCCAACGUCUACACCAAGAUCUCCAAAUUUUUGCCCUGGAUUAAGGGUAUUAUGGGAAGUAUGGAGUGAGCACAGACUAAUAAACAUUGUAUCUGUUCCUCUA